GGGAGUUUCAGAUUAUAACCUGUGUGGAGGUGAGAGAUCUGUGCCUCCAGAGCCUGGGACAAGAAGACAUCAACGCCCUUGAGUUUCGCAAUGGAAAAUGCUUCCUGGAAUCCGAUGUCUCCGAACACGUCUUGCAACAGCCAAGAGGCCAAUUGCCCCCCAGAUGAGGGCAACGGGACCAAUUUCAUGGGGCCGGGUCCCUACCCAGACUUUUACAUUGCAGUUCCAAUUAUAUAUUCUGUCAUAUGUGCUGUUGGUUUGACAGGCAACACUGCUGUGAUUUAUGUUAUACUCCGAGCCCCGAAGAUGAAAACAGUGACAAACAUGUUCAUCUUAAACCUAGCCAUCGCCGAUGAACUUUUCACCUUGGUUUUGCCCAUCAACGUGGCUGACUAUCUUCUGCUCCAGUGGCCCUUCGGGGAGCUGAUGUGUAAACUGAUCAUCUCCAUCGAUCAGUACAACACCUUCUCCAGCAUUUACUUCCUUACCGUCAUGAGCAUCGAUCGCUACUUAGUGGUCCUGGCCACAGUGAGGUCAAAGAAGAUGUCCUACCGCACCUACAGGGCCGCCAAGAUAGUCAGUAUCUGUGUGUGGCUGUUUGUCACCAUCAUUAUUUCACCCUUCACUGUUUUUAGCAAGAUCGACAGUGAACAGGGCAGAUUGCAGUGUGUUUAUGUAUUCCCCCAUCCUGAGAUUCUCUGGUGGAAAGCCAGUCGCAUUUACACUCUCCUCAUGGGAUUUGCCAUCCCCGUUUCCACCAUCUGCAUUCUGUACACCAUGAUGCUGCUCAGAUUGAGGAACUUGCGGUUGAACUCUAAUGCCAAGGCUCUGGACAAAGCCAAAAGGAAGGUAACAUUGAUGGUGCUGGUUAUCUUAGGGGUCUGCCUUUUCUGCUGGACUCCCUACCACUUGAGCACGAUUGUAGCCUUGACCACUGAAAUUCAGCAGACCACUCUCAUCAUCGGAAUUUCCUACUUUAUCACCAGUCUGAGCUAUGCGAACAGUUGUCUUAAUCCCUUCCUUUAUGCCUUCCUGGAUGACAGCUUCAGGAAAAGCUUUCGGAAACUAUUAGACUGCAGAGCAUGAUCCUAAAGUCAUUGC